AAAAAUUUUUGUUAAGGUCUAUUGAUCUUUCACUUCACUAAAAAUAGGCAGUAGGAAACGUUAUACCCUUGCAAAGCAAAUGUAAAUAAACAUUUUCGCGUGGAUUAUCAAGUUCUCCAAAUUCUUAAUAAAUUUUUCAAGAUAAAAUGACUAGGUAUUCUAGAAAAAAAGGUAAUCAUGGAUAUACAGCUAAACGUAAACAGUUGAAAAUUAAACGGCGUACAAGGGAUUUAGAUGAAAUAGAUAAAGAUUUGGAACCAAAAAGUGCCGAAAAUCUAUUAAAUCAACCCGUUGAUAUCGAUUUGCCUGGCUGUGCUCAAUUUUAUUGCCUACAUUGUGCGAGGUAUUUCAUAGACAACCAUUCCAUGCAGCAACAUUUUCGUACUAAAGUUCACAAAAGAAGGUUAAAAGCAUUGGAAUUGAAACCAUACUCAGUGGAGGAAGCAGAAGCUGCAGCCGGUAUUGGUACUUACGUUGCCCCCACUAAAAGAAAAAUGGAAACUCAAAAACCUUUAGAAAUGGAAUCUACAAUACCAAUGGAUGCUGAUGCUCCUGUAAAAAAGAAGAAAUAGUUCAGAAAACUAUUUUCCCACCUCUAAUUAAGUUGUUAAAUAAUCUUUGUUCAUCAUUAAAAUAAAGAUCAGUUAAAGCUA